UUCCUCCGUCGACGAUCGCGUUCUCAUACCCUAUCCUCCGUCACUACCAGCGAAGAGGCGAGGACAUGGAAAAUCCAAAGCCAUCAAUUGUUGAUUCAUCCCUCUCCUUCAUUCCUCAGUCGUUGUCGACAAUAUUAACCUCGUGACUUGUUGAUCAUAUUGGAUGUCUCAGUGGUUGUAUCAAGUUUCAAGCAUUAAUUAUGCUGAUUGCAACAUCUUCUAAAGGUGACUUGUUGAUCAUAUUGGAUGUCUCAGUGGUUGUAUCAAGUUUCAAGCAUUAAUUAUGCUGAUUGCAACAUCUUCUAAAGCAAGAAGACUCGUGGCCCACACACAAUUUCCCCCAAAAUCUCCUUUUGUUUAUUCCUCCGUCGACGAUCGCGUUCUCAUACCCUAUCCUCCGUCACUACCAGCGAAGAGGCGAGGACAAGGAAAAUCCAAAGCCAUCAAUUGUUGAUUCAUCCCUCUCCUUCAUUCCUCAGUCGUUGUCGACAAUAUUAACCUCGUGACUUGUUGAUCAUAUUGGAUGUCUCAGUGGUUGUAUCAAGUUUCAAGCAUUAAUUAUGCUGAUUGCAACAUCUUCUAAAGCAAGAAGACUCGUGGCCCACACACAAUUUCCCCCAAAAUCUCCUUUUGUUUAUUCCUCCGUCGACGAUCGCGUUCUCAUACCCUAUCCUCCGUCACUACCAGCGAAGAGGCGAGGACAAGGAAAAUCCAAAGCCAUCAAUUGUUGAUUCAUCCCUCUCCUUCAUUCCUCAGUCGUUGUCGACAAUAUUAACCUCGUGACUUGUUGAUCAUAUUGGAUGUCUCAGUGGUUGUAUCAAGUUUCAAGCAUUAAUUAUGCUGAUUGCAACAUCUUCUAAAGCAAGAAGACUCGUGGCCCACACACAAUUUCCCCCAAAAUCUCCUUUUGUUUAUUCCUCCGUCGACGAUCGCGUUCUCAUACCCUAUCCUCCGUCACUACCAGCGAAGAGGCGAGGACAAGGAAAAUCCAAAGCCAUCAAUUGUUGAUUCAUCCCUCUCCUUCAUUCCUCAGUCGUUGUCGACAAUAUUAACCUCAGGGGAAAAUGGUGUGAGGCUGGAUCCUUCAAUCUUUUGCAAUGGUGGGGGAGGUGGUUUCAAGGGCAGCAUCUGGUGUUUGGUGAAGUCAUUUUUAGUGCAUCUACCUGGAACAACAUGUCUCUUCAUGAUCUCGGUUAUUAUCCUCCAUUCCAUGUCAUGGCAAAGAGGAAUACAUUUGAUGGGGAGAAGUUGCAUGGAAAAAUUCCACAAGAAAGUUGCAUCAAUCAUGGCCCCCUUUUUUGUGUGUGAGUGUUACUUUGUUGACUUCAAAGUCUUUGUGUGGAAGACUUUUGGCCAAAUGCAUUUAUGUGUGCCAUGGGACAUUAGACUCUAAUCAAAAGUGUUCCAAUUCAAUAACACCAAUUCGCUAAAAGCCAUAAUCAUUUGUAGCAAUAUUGGUAUCAAAUUUAAAAGCAAAAACCUAGAGUAAAUUAAACAAAUCGUCCAUGUGAUAUUGUUUUGUUACAGUUUUCGUCCCUAACUGACCUAAAAGACUAUUUUGCCCUUCCUAGAUUUUUUAUUUUUUAAUUACUUUUUUAUACCUUAUUUUUGUUAUUAUUAAAACAUUGGGUCCCACAAAUCCACCAACCCCCACCACUUCCUUUUUAUUCUCCGCAACAUCUCUUUAUAUACUAUUUUUAUUAUUAUGAAAAUAGGUUUUUUUAUUAUUAAUAAAACAAAUAUCUAUUUUCAAGUGAAUGGGUUGUCUAAUAAAACCGUAAUGCAUUUGAGAAGGCUACAUUUUUUUUAUAAAAGAUAAUAUAAUAUCUUUAAUUUAGAGUUACAGAAGAAAGUAUCUUUUAAUUAGCUAGGCUUGUCACACCAGCCUUGUCAAGUCAAAUAAUAACAAAAAAACUUAUUUUCUUGUAGUUAGUUUUGUAAAAUGAUUGAACAUCAAAAUUAAGUUUAUAUUGAUUUACACCUACUAUUUACAAAAGGUUAUAAUUUAUCUUGGAUUUCUUAAAAAUCUAAAUGCUUGUUUGUCAAUUAUUGUGCUUCAUUUUAUUUAUAAUUUUUUAAAGAAUUGUUUCCAUAUGCAAUUGCAUCUGACAUGGGGAACAGACUUGGACCACAAAAACACAACUUGUGGAGACAAAUGUCCAUUGACUUGAAGUCUUCCAUGGCAUUAAGUUGUUCUUCAUUUGUGGCAUUAUAAAUGAACUGGUUUCUUCUUCAUAAUAAUCUAUCACUUCAUCAUUACAAACUAUCUUUCCACUUCAACUUUCUUCUAAAUUAAACUGAGUUAGGGAGGGUUGAUAAAUGGGGAAUCCGUGGGGUUUGGGGCUCAAUCUCAUUUUCAUAUGUGUUUUUUUGUUUGCAACGAAAUAUACUUGUUUGGGUGUUGGAAAUGUCACUGUUGUUUGCUCCCAGAAAGAACGACUUGCUCUUCUCAGGUUCAAAGGGAGUGUUGAAGAUACUUCUGGAAUGAUGUCUUCAUGGGUGGGUAAGGAUUGUUGCCAGUGGGAAAGAAUCCACUGUGACAGUCUCACUGGAACCGUUGACAGCCUCAAUCUCGGAGGAGACCCUUCUGACAGUGAAGGAGAAGGCUACUUAGUUGGUAAUGAGGUGAACUCUUCUUUGGCUGAGUUGAGGCAUCUCAAGUACCUGGACUUGAGUUGGAAUUAUAUUAGAGGAAGCCGGUUCCCUGAGUUCAUUGGUUCCUUCAAAGAGCUGAGAUAUCUCAAUCUCUCUUAUGCUGGUUUUCAAGGUAUUAUUCCUCCUCACGUUGGAAAUCUUUCUAAUUUAAAGGUUUUGGAUCUCAGUUGGAAUGGUGAGCUGAUGUCAGAUGAUAUGUCAUGGACUUUUGGCCUUCCAUCACUCGAGCAUCUCGAUUUGAGUUGGGUGGAUCUUGGCGGAGCAAAGAACAUGGACAUGGUGCUUUACAAUCUUCCUUCGUUAAAAGAGUUAAGUUUGCGUGGUUGUGGACUUUCCAAUGUCCAUCUUGGUCCUUCUCUUAAUUCGAGUAGAAUUCUUGCCAACAUAAAACACCUUGAUCUUGGCUUCAAUUCUUUCAAAGGCCCACUCCCUGGAUUUUUCCGAAACAUGACAUCCCUUGAAUUUCUGGAUCUUUCUGGUUUUAAUCUUAGUUUGGCAUGGAACUUUGCAAACGUGCUAAACAUGAUCCCUUCUUUAUCAGAGCUGCAUUUGUCACUUUGUGGGCUUGAUAAGACUUUUCUAUCUUCUGCUCAUUUUAAUAUCACUAUGCUUUCUAACAUCCAACACCUGGAUCUUAGCCGAAAUUCAAUUGAAGGCAUAUUUCCAUCUGUUUUCAGUAACAUGAGUUCCUUAAGAGUCCUUGAUCUCUCAAGAAACAUGCUGCAUUCUUUGGUUCCUAUUAUGGCUAACCUUCUAGAGCUUGAUCUUUCUGUUAACCAGUUUAAGAAUAUUGAGGAUGUUGGAAUCUGGAGACAGUGUCACCUGAAACAGUUGUUUGCAUUGAGGAAUCCUUUUGAAAUAGAAAGGAUUGACCCACCGCAAAACGUUUCAGAAUGCUCCCAAUAUGCUUUGGAGCGGUUGGAUUUAAGUCCCUGUUUGAAUGGUACGAUUCCAGAAGCAUUUGGAAGACUAACCAAUUUAAGACACUUAACGCUAAGGUUCAGCAGUUUGACAGGUCCAAUCCCCGAAUCUCUAGGAAGAUUAAGAUUCUUAGAGGUAUUAGAUCUACAUGAUAACGAGUUGACGGGUCCCAUUCCUACAUUCCUUGGGAAUCUUUCCAGACUUGACCUUUCUUAUAACCAAUUGAAUGGUUCAAUUCCAGAAUCCUUUGGAAAUCUUGCAGCUUUAGAAUCUUUGUAUCUACAAUCCAAUCACUUAACGGGCCCCAUCCCAACAUCUCUAGGAAGAGUUGUUUCAUUACAAGCAAUUCGGUUGUCUUCAAAUUUGUUAAAUGGGACUAUUCCGGUUUCAAUUGGGCAACUUGCCAAACUCAAUGAGUUAGAUAUCUCAGACAAUUCCUUACAAGGAGUAGUUUCCGAAGCCCAUUUUGCUAACCUUUCCAUGUUGAGGUACUUGAAUGCUUCAUCUAAUUCUAAGCUGACAUGCAAUUUUUCACAUAAGUGGAUGCCUCCAUUCCAGUUGUAUCAUCUUGAUCUCAGUUCCUGCAAUCUCACAAAUGGAUUGCCACAGUGGCUACGGAAUCAGUUCUUGCUCUCUGAGUUAGUGUUGUCGAAUGCUUCAAUUUCGGGACCUCUGCCCAGAUGGUUGCGGAAGAUGCCUGUCAUUGAUUUCUUAGAUCUCUCUCACAACAAACUCAGCGGACCAUUGACAAACCUUCCAGAAAUACGAUGGGUAUUGAUACUAGCAAAUAACAUUUUCAAUGAGUCAAUUCCGAAGUCCUUGUGCAGAUGGACAGAUUUGGAAUUACUUGAUCUUUCCAGAAAUAGGUUAACAGGGACAAUUCCCAAGUGUCUCCAGAAUCUGGAAUGGUUGGGUGCCAUGAUCUUUAGCUCAAAUUUACUUUCAGGUGUCAUUCCAAGCUAUAUAGGUCUUAAUCUUUCAUCAUUGAAUUGGUUAAAAUUGGAUGACAAUAACUUCAUUGGUGAACUUCCUCCAGAGUUGGGGAAUUUAAGAGAUUUAAAAGUCCUAGAUGUGGGUGAUAAUCAAUUGUUUGGAAAGAUACCCCACUGGAUUGGAGAAAACCUGACAAGUUUGAUUGUUUUAAGAUUACACAAGAAUAACUUUACCGGGGAAAUUCCUGAAUCUUUAUGCAAAAUGUCAAAACUUCAAAUUUUGGAUGUUGCAUACAACAACUUAACGGGUAUCAUCCCUCAUUGCCUAAGAGAGUUGAAAGCAAUGGUUAAUGGUGCAGAAAAGUGGUAUUACAAUUAUGGCUGGGGUGAUUCUAAUGAGAAUGUGAUUCAGGUUAUGAAAGGUGUUGAUCUUGAAUAUACAAGAAUUUUGGAUAUAGUUUAUAACAUGGACCUUUCAAGCAAUAAACUUGUAGGAAAAAUACCUAUAGAGAUAACUGCACUUUCUAUGUUGGUGGGUCUCAAUUUGUCUAAUAAUCAUCUCAGUGGGAAUAUUCCAGACACCAUUGGAAACUUGACGGCAUUAUUUUCUCUAGAUUUCUCAAACAAUGAGUUAACCGGGAUGAUCCCUCCAAGCAUGGCAGAUUUGACUUUUUUGAGUCAUUUGAAUUUGUCACACAACAACUUGUGGGGAAGAAUUCCAACAGGCCAUCAGUUGCAGACCCUUAAUGAUGAUCCAUCAAUAAUAUAUGGUGGGAACAGAGAUCUUUGUGGACCUCCAUUGACAAACAAUUGCUCAGAUCAUCAAGACCCAACAACAACAGCAAAGCCCAAGAAGAAACAUAAAGCAGCUGAGGAGUCGAUCAAGGUAUGGUGGUUUUACCUGGACAUCAUGAGUGGAUUUGCAACAGGGUUUUGGGGUGUAAUUGGAGUUCUCUUGUUCAAGAAGCAGUGGAGAUGGAGGCUUUUCAUGUUUGUUGAGAAAAUCAUGGACAAGAUAUACGUUGCAGUCAUGGUAACAGUUGUUGCCAAGAUCAAGAGAGGAAGAGAAGCUGUAUAGGCGCUCUGCAAUGCAAGUAAUUCUCGGAUAUAUGUUAUGAAUGAAGUUUUUGUUUUAAUGCUACUAUUUGGAUCUAUGUUUGUAAUGUGGAUGUUGUUUAAAGGUUUCAAUUUUAAAAUGUUUGUUAUAUUUAUCA